UAAAUGUAGGAAAGAAACAGAAAACCGGGAAGCAAACGUUUGGUUCGACCGAGGAAGGGAAGGCGCCGCCAAUCCACCAUUGCCGCCGCGCCACCGCGGGAUCGGGCUCAGAGGAGAAGGGUGAGUUCGAUUGCCUAUCAGGUGUUCGGAGAAAUUACUCUGAGAAAUUUCCGAUGGCAAUGGUAUCUGCAGCAGCGGCAAAUGAAAACGGGAAAGAAUCAAAAGGUGGAUUGAAGGAGAAAACUCUGCAGAUAUUCGAGGACUUCUUGACGAGGGUCGCAAAGCUUGAGGAGCUUGGUGCCGUUGCAAAUAGAUAUCUCAGUGGGUUUCAGCAAUCCCUUGACUUUCUUCGGCGACCUCCCAUAGACAUGGAAUCGAAAUUGAUGAGCAAGCUCAUAAGUGCUAAUGACACGAAGAGGAUGAAAUCAUACAUCCAAGCCGGCUGCUGCAACACUCUUGACAGAGUGCAGAAUACGAGCAAGUGUAAGCAAAGGCAGUUCACCUAUAGAUUCCUUGUUCCGUCACUAUUCUUAUGAUUCGUUUCCUUAUUGAGACGGAUUGUUAUUUCGUUUCCUAUAGGAAUGGCAAUGGGUCGGGUUGGGUCAGGUUUUGCCAAUUCCAAACCCAAACUCAUGGGUUUAUCCGUGAAAAAAACUCUUAUGUGCAAAGCUGGUAACCUUUUCUUUUACAAAUGGUGAUGGUUGUGACAAUCUAACUUGUUCUGUUCACCCCACUUAUCGGGUACACUUUUGGUGCGCUUACCCUUUGCUCUAAUUAUGGUUGCUGUUACGUUCUUGCAUCUCAUGGAUUAGUUCACUCUAGAUAUGCACUUAGAUUUUAAGUAGGCCCACGUAUAGCCAUGUAAAUAUGGCUUAUAUUAACUGCCUGAUGACAGCAAUUUGCUUAUAUAGCCUGUUAAAAGCCAUUCAGCUUUGAAGUUAAAUACACUAUUCUCUCCCGUGAUGGUAUUUAUGUGUCAACUGUGGCAUAUGAAAUGAGCUCCUACACUGUGGAAUAUUUAUAUCUUACUAGUUUAGCUUCUUCAUUUUCUUGUUUUGGGAGCAGAAGCAGUUGAAAAAUGGCGCAAUGAGAAGCUACUAGAAGUCAAGCAGUCAAUUAAUCUUAAUAGAGGAGGGAAUUCAACUUUUGUUCAGGAAGAAGCUGGAUUGCUGGUAAAAGCCCUGGAAUCCGAUUGGGCAGUGCUCUCGGAGAACAUAGGCCUUUGGAUUACUGCUGAAGUCACUAAUCCAGAGCAUGAUGAUAGACCAGAGGGUCAAGAGGAGCAAGGAAAACCAGUCACACACAGUUUGGUGUAAUGUCUUGUCUCUUUUUCACCACAACAAGGCUUAUCUUCAAAGUGGGUGAUUGAAAGUGACGAAAUAAGCACCUUGUCUCAACUGCAAAGCCACCAUCAAGCUUUGAGGUCAAUUUGGACAUCAACUCAAGAUUGAGACUUUUUCCCUUCCCCCACAUUCCAUGGUGCUUGCACUUCCUCCCUUUCUUUCUUUCUUCUUUAUAGCCAAGUUAAGCAUCAGUUUCCCCACCAAAGUUUUAGCUUUUUUGUGUAUUGUCUAAUUCCUUUCUCUGAAUCAAAAUGGGUGUGUUCUAUCAGGAAGAGCCACCCCCACAAAACCCAUCAAAGAAAUGCAAGUUCCUCCUGGUUUCAACUCUCAAAGAUGCCUUCUCCAUCUGUCGAUCUUGCGGCGGCCACAUAAGCUCUCUCCAGCAGCAGCAGGAUGAGGAUUAUGUUCCCAACACGACAACUGAGCUCGAAGAUCUUGAUGAACACGAAGUUGUCGUGUCAGCAAUCAGGAGCAGAGCCAUGGAGAAGUUGAAGCAGAAGGUGUUUGUGAUCACAGAUAGCUUUUCAGGGGAACUGCUCUUUAGUCCUGAGAAGCAGAAGGAUGGAGAAGUUGAAAAGGAUGAAGAUUUCUUCUCUGUUGGGAGCUGUCUUUCGUGUUGUUCGAGCGGGUUGAGCAAGGGGGGCGAAGAGUUCUUCACGGUGAAGACAAACUUGUUGUCGAGGUGUUCGAGCUUGAGUCGGGUGGAGUUCCCAAGUUUUCACAGGCGGGUUUCGAUAUUGCAGGAGCUCUGCCACUGCCAAGGGUGGCCAUUCGGUCUCUGCAGGAAGGCUGUUUUGCUCCCACCUCUGCCUAAGUCUCCCUCUGAUUCCUGGCUAUGGCGGAAAGGCACUAGAUCAGCCAGGUUGCCUUAG